AUGGAGGAAUUUUCUUAUAUCGCGUACACGCUCGCCGUGGCGGUGGUAUUAGCGUUCGGCCUGGGCGCGUGCGCGUAUGCGGCGCACCGGGAGAAGCUGCAGGGAGGGCCCGACUCGCCUGAUUUCUUCCUCACUGCGCGCCGAUCCGUCAAGACGUCCAUGGUCGCAUGGUCGUUCUUCGCGUCGGCGAUGGGGUCGUGGGCGCUGUUUGGGCCGCCCAGCUACUGCCUGACGGCGGGCGCCAUGGGCACGCUCGUGUACGCGGUGUGCGCGGGGCUGCCCGUGCUGCUCGUGGCGUGCGUGGGCGCCGCCGUGCACCGCCUCGUGCCGAACGUGGUGUCCAUGGCCGACUAUGUGCGCCGCCGCUUCGGCCUCCCGUUCGCGGUGUACAUAUCACUGUUGGCGGUGGGCAACAUGGGGGUGGCGAUGGCGGCGGAGUACACGGCGCUGGGCGACCUCUUCCACCGCCUGCUGCACGCACCCCGCCUGCCCAUCGUCAUGCUCACAGCCGCCACCGCCAUGCUCUACACCGCUGCCGGCGGGCUCUACGUCUCCAUCGUCACCGACCAAUGCCAGGCCCUGGCGAGUCUAAUCUUCACAGCACUGCUCACGGCACACGUGCUCCUCAACUUCCCCUCGCCACUCCCACCGCUGCCCCCUGCCCUGGGGUGGUCGAACCCGCGGGGGUUGGAGGCGGUGCUCUUCAUGCCGCUCUCGCUGCUCGCCACCACGCUCUUCAACGAGGCCAUGUGGCAGCGCUGCUGGGCGUCAGCGAGCGCGGCGGCGCUGCUGGGGGGAGCAGCGCUGGGAGCAGGUGCCAUCACGGCCGUCGUGGGGCUGCUGGGCUUCGCCGGUCUGCUAGCAGCGUGGAGCGGUGUGUACGAGCCGGAAGGCCCGGACGACAGCGGCAACACCAUCCUCUUCUCGCUGUUCCGCGGGCACCCAUGGGCGCUGGUGGCGGUGGCGCUGCUGGCCGUCACCAUGAGCGAGUCCGCUGUGGACUCGCUGCAGAACGCCACCGUUGACGCCGUCGCCGCCCUCCUGCUCGCCCACCCCUCCUGCUCUGCCAGCAGCAAGCGCCGCGUGCACGAUAAAGAGGGCGGGCAGGGCAGCGUGCAGCGGCAGGAGGAGGCGAGGCUGACACAGGUGCAGUGCACGGAGCAUGUGGAGGCAGGAGGUGGUGCGAGAGAGGCAUCUCAACCUCAACACACGGACCCAUUUCCCCUCGUUCACCGCACCUUGCUAACUCCUUCCUCCUUUCCCACUGCCUGCCCUCUUCUUGCUGGAGCUACCACGGUGCACGCGCCACCUGCCUCUGCCACUCAUCCUGAUCCCGUCCCAUCCGCCUUAGCCCCUCCCCACCAUGGGCCUGGCCUCACCAUCUCCUCUAUCCGAGCCCUCGUUCUCAUCCUCAAUAUACCGCCACUGCUCGUCUCGCUACAAGGCUUCAACGUGCUACAGCUCUUCCUCCUCGUGAACCUCAUCAACACCACGUCCUUCCUGCCUCUGCUGCUCGGCGUGCUGCAAGGCCCCCUCUCCCGUGUCUGCAUCACCCCUGCAUCUUCUGCAACUGGCUGCGCCUCUGGCCUUCUCGCCCUUGUGGUCUGGGCCAAGUCACAACAGCGCCCCGGGGAGACCUUUGUUGAGUCUUUGGCUCGGACGUUUCUAGAUGCGUACGAUUAUCCUCCCUAUCUGAUUGCUGUAGGGUUUUCCGCUGUGGGGAUGGCUGUAGAUCGAGUCAACAUGGGUUUCGUUCCCGAAGGUCCGUCGGAUUCCACGCCGCUUAAGCCACAGAGCGAGUCGUCCGAAGCUCCCUCGCACGGCGGCGCAGAUGCCGCCGCGAGCCACGCGCCGGCCUCCGGCCUACCCGCCUUUCAGUACGCCCACCACCCGCACCACCCCCCCGCGCGCGGGGCGUAUCCGCCGCAGUUCCCGCCUCCCCCGGGCUGCCCGUCCGCCGUGGUGGUGGUGGCGCACGGGGCGAGCGGCGGCGAGUUCCCCGUGUUCUCGCCGGCGCCCAUCCCCGGGCUCUACAUGCUGCCGCCGCGGGUGCCGCCCUCGCCGGAUAUGGUCAUCCUCGGCUACGAGACCUGCGCGCCGCCUACGGGGUGCUGUGCGACGGCGACGCUGAGCGGCGUGGGGUGGCUGGCGGCGAUCGUGGCGUUCAUCUUCUGCUGGCCGCUCACCUGCCUGCCCUGCUGCAUCCCGCAGCUGCACGAGAGGUGCCAGCGCCCUGUGUUCGGCUACCCUCCUGCUGAUCCCGCCCCUGGCUUCCCCGCAGCCCCUCUCUGA